AUGUCUCUCGAGUCCCGGGGGCUAGGAGUUCUUCCUCCUUCCAGCCCCCCGUCCCCGACUCGGGGCCCGCGCCGGCCCAGGGUGGCCCUGGGUCCCAGCCAGGCUACGGCUCUCACCGGCUACGUGACCUUGGGCAACGGAGACCUAGAGAGGUCCUGCCCUGCCCACCCUAGGGGAGGGGGCUACCCACCGGGUAGGAAAACGCUUUGUGAGCCGCUCGGCGCGGCGGGGACGCAGAGCUCACAGGGUAUCCGGGGCCGGACAAAGCUGACCCCAGACAACGCUCCACCCCCUCCGCGGGGCCGGAAGGCUGGACCACACGCCUUUGGGCCCCCCACCCCCGAAACCAACCCACGCCCCUCCCCGCCCGGCCCGCUCCGGGACCCCCCGCCUCUCCGGGGCCGGGCGGGCGGCGCCGUAGGGCAUCCUCUGCUGCGGCGGCUCGCGGAGGCGGGGAGGCAAAGGGCCGCCCGCGGGAGAGCCCUGCCCCGGGGACGGCCCCGCCCCCGGUCCGCCUCCGGGGCACAGACGCUGGCCUCCCGGGCCUGGCCUCGCGCCACCCAGGCCCGGCUGCGCCUGAGGCUCAGCUGCGCGGCUGCCUCGGGCGCCGGUGUUUGA